AUGGAAGUAGAUAGGGCUAUAUGUGCUGAGAAAGGUCCUUUUGGGGAGGCGCUUAGUAAUGGCCAGCGAAAGGGGCCGGUCAAUAGGGUUAAUGGUCUCGGUUUGUUAACCCAAGAGGAAGAACAAGAAGAAGAAGAAGAAGAAGAACGCGUUAAUGAGAUGCAAAAGGGUAAUGGCAACACUAUGACGAUGUCGACAACAAUGUCGAAAGAAUCAAAGGUCUUUUUGACUUCUCGGCAACAGAACCUUUACCAAAAGCAGGUCAAGUACAUUCCUAACUGCGACUUUCUGGGUAAUAAAAGCUCACUAAUCUUUAGUGAGAUCAAGCAAAACACGCCACAGGGUUCUGUGCCAAAUACUUUUCAGUACAAGUCUCAUCCCAAUGCAAAGUCUAGGGAGUUGGGCGAAAGUUAUUUGGGUGAAGAUGGUUCUCACAGCGAACAGCUGCACCAACUGCAUACUACAAGCUCGUUUCGACAUACUCCUGAUUGGAUGCCUGCGGUUCUUGAAGACGAAUGGCCGUCAUCCGCUGACGCGGCGGCUGUUGAAAUAGGCAACGCCAACUCCAGGGAGCAGCCCAUUAUGCUGGCGCCAAGAUCUUUGAAAAGAGGUAGUUUUAGAUCCAUGGAUUUUAACAGUUCAAAUACGAUGAUUCAUAACUCGGAUGUUCAGUUGAGAAACAGUAUCCCUUGGCUAAAGCUGCAUGAAAGUCCUGCUCCCAAAAACCUUCGUCAGAUAUUUCAUGAUUCCAAUGACUACAGCAACAAGGAUGCAUCUUCUAUCAUUCCCACACCGACUGUGACGAUCAGAGAUAAAAACAAUAAUAAUAAUGGCAACAGCAAUGACAAUGGCAAUGGCAAUGGCAAUGACAAUGGCAAUGGCAAUGGCAAUGGUAUUGGCGACGUCAACGUCAACGGCAAUGGCAAUGGUAAUGGCGACGUCAACGGCAAUGGCCACAUUAACGAUAGCAUCAUAGAAAGUAUCAAAAGACCAAUUUCAACAAUUGUGGAACAUUCUAUGCCUGCACCAACCACAGGGUCUCCGUUGAAAUUAUUUGGUGAUAACUACGAUACUUUUACAAAACAAACUUUGAACGGAGUAAUUCAAAAUAUGAAAUCCAAUAAGAAUACCCCAGCCCAAAAGAAUAAUAAUAAUCAUCCUCAUCAUUAUCAGCCCAAACUGUUAAAUAAAAAAGAGCUUCCAAGAGCACCUUUGGGUCCGAACUUUCAAGUGCAAAAUUUGUCACGAAUAACAAAUAUUCGGGCUUUUACAAAGACAGGAUCAUACACGGACAAAUCAUAUCUCGCAAAUGCCGACAAGAUAUUCUCUAAUAUCAAAAAGAAGGGCUUUGCAGUGGGAGACCCCAAUGUGAGAAUUGUGUCACAAAAUACAGCAACCUCGACUCCGAAAAAGGUUGAAGAGAUGGGACAUCAAGAGGAAGAUUUUGCUUCUUUUACUACAGGUUACGAUUCAGAUGGGGCAAGCAUUAAUGGCGAAGGUGAAAACGACAACGACAACGACAACGACGAUGACGAUAGUGGAGGUACAGAAAAGCAUGAAACUGAUAGUUUUAAAAACUAUACAUCAGUGACAAAAGAUAGCUUUGAUAACACGUCAAAGUUUGAUGAUGGACGUUUGGGCUCUUCUUUUGGUGUUGGCAUUGGUGUUGUGCCGUUUCGAAAUAAUCAAGAACAUCAGGAAUCGGAUUAUACUCAAGGAAGUUUUACAGACACCGAAAAUGGGGCUGAAGAAGACAUCGUACCUCUCAAAUUGCCCAGCGACUCGCCAAAUCGUAUGAAGAGCCGACGCGAGGGUAUUUGGGAGGAAACAGCGGCUAUGAAAUUAUCGUUGAAUAAGUUGCCAAGACAGGUAUUAUCAUCUACAGAAUAUUUGGAAAACCCAGACUAUCACAUAGAAAAGGAAGACAGUUAUUACCACCCAGAGCCUAUGAAAUGGAAAGCCAAAUCACAAUUGAAGCUUGGCUUAAAGAAUCCCGGUUUGCUAAAUAGGAUACUGCCGGUAGUUGAACUACCACUGGAGUACGACGAUAUGAUUUUUAAUAAAGUCAAUGGCAGAUGGGAGAAUAAACAUGGUGUGCAGAAUAAGACAUUGGACAAAAUUGACGAUUUGGUGGAUAACAUCAACGUUCAAAAAGUAGAGGAAAAAGAAAUGGAAAAAGAAGAAGGUGGUGGUGGCGGUGGUGGAAAAGGAGGAGGAGAAGCGGGAAGAGAAGUGGGAGGACACUUGGGUAUACUAAAACAGGAUAGCCAAAGCAGGAGACAAAAUUUAGAGGUGUCUUUCCACGAGCCAGCUUCGCCAAGUCUAGUAGAUUACAAGGGACAGGUACUUCCGCUAACUGUUUCAGAAGAAGAAGUUACUAGGUUGUCACAAGUAAAUGGUGACGUUUCAUUCUCCGAGUCAAAAAAGCAAUUGGUUUCUGUAAUUACAGAUAUCCUUGAUACCCAAGAGGAACUACGCGAUUGGGAAGAUGUACAAAAGAUUGAUUUGUCAAGUUCUAAAUUGAGGAACGUGAAUGAUUUAGCUUCCAUUUUGCCUAAUUUGACCGAGUUGAAUUUGUCAAAUAACAAAAUCAAGUAUCUCGGUGGUAUACCUUCGAAGAUAUUGGCAUUGGAUUUAGGGUCAAAUGAAAUUGAAAACAGGACAUCUUUUGGCGGCGUUUACAAUCUCCAUCACUUGGCACUUGACUACAACUUUUUGACGCACACAAUGAACUUGUCGAAAAACAUUCAUUUGACAUCUCUCACUUUGUCCAAUAAUUUUAUAGAGGACAUUUCAGGAUUGAAAGCUUUAUCCAAUUUGAUUACGUUGGACUUGUCACAUAAUAAAAUUGAAGGACAUUUAGAUUUGAGUACAUUUGAUUUUAAAAGAUUGCAAGUGUUGAAUCUAUUGGACAAUAAAAUCCACACACUUGAAGGAGUUGAUUCAUUAUCGAGCUUGAAAGUGUUUUGUUUGGACAAUAACGUAUUGCUGGUGUUUGAUUGCACCAGUGGUUCUAUAUGCAAGUUAACCAUUUGUGGGAACAAGUUGAAAUGCCUAGAUUUGUCAAAGCUCAGCCAGUUGAGAUCUGUGAAAUUUGACGGUAAUGCGAUUGUGCAAUUUUCGACUCUGGAGGCGAACUUUAUUGAUCUGAUUUCAUUAAAGUCUCAGCCUCAUCUACCUGAACUCUCGAAACAGGUAUUUGAGAAUUUGGUAAAUGUAAGACGUAUGGAUUUGUCUGGAAACGAGUUUCCCUUAUUGAGUCAAGCCUUUACGUUUUUAUUUGUUAGCAAGCUAACCAUGACAGCAAUGAACCUCAAUUCCUUGCCUUUUAAUUUUAGCCUGACUUUCCCCAAUGUGAAGUUGCUAAACUUGAAUUUUAACUCGUUGAAGACAUUGAGACCGUUAUCCGGCUUGUCCAAUUUGAGACAACUAUCAUUGGUUAAUAAUAAAUUACCCGACCUCCAUGAUAUUCUAGCGAGUCUUGAGAGCUGUAGAGGCUCAUUGCAGAAGCUCGAUCUAAGAUUGAACCCAAUAAGUAUUGAUAUAUACCCCUAUUUAUUUGUUGCAGACGACUUGGAGAAUAGUACAAUAGGUUUAGAAACUGUUGAUGAUAUUGACACUUUUGCAAAACGGUUAGAAGAAAUAGAUGCAACUGGAGAAUGGAAAGAAAGGGAUAAUGUAUUUCUUCAAGGAAUGCUUGAAGGUGGUGCUGAGGAAGAAGAAAAAGAAGCCACAGCUGUUAAAAGAAGAAGAUACACUAGUGCAAUAAUUUUGUACUUUUCAGCCUUGCGAGUCUUGGACGGAAUUGUUGUCAACAACUGCUCUCGAAAUACAGCAUACCAACAGUUUAGAGAGUUAUAUCCAAAGAAUUAA